GGGAGGGGUUGAGGGAGGAGGGAAAGCGGCGAGUAAGAUGGAAGAUGAGGAGGUCGCUGAGAGCUGGGAGGAGGCGGCAGACAGCGGGGAAAUAGACAGACGGUUGGAAAAAAAACUGAAGAUCACACAAAAGGAGAGCAGGAAAUCCAAAUCUCCUCCCAAAGUGCCCAUUGUGAUUCAAGACGAUAGCCUUCCCACGGGGCCCCCUCCACAGAUCCGCAUCCUCAAGAGGCCCACCAGCAACGGUGUGGUCAGCAGCCCCAACUCCACCAGCAGGCCAGCUCUUCCAGUCAAGUCCCUAGCACAGCGGGAAGCUGAGUACGCAGAAGCUCGGAGAAGGAUCCUUGGUAGUGCCAGCCCUGAGGAGGAGCAGGAGAAGCCCAUCCUCGACAGGCCAACCAGGAUCUCCCAACCUGAAGACAGCAGGCAGCCCAGUAAUGUGAUCAGACAGCCUUUGGGUCCUGAUGGGUCACAAGGCUUCAAACAACGCAGAUAAAUGCAGGCAAGAAAGGAUGCCGCUGCCGCCAUCACCGCCUCCUGGCUUGUCUGCCACGGGUUGCACUGCCAUGGCAGACAUCUGGACUUGAGCAGAGGGAACGACCUGACUUACUUGCACUGUGAUCCCCUUGCUCCGCCCACUGUGACCUUGAACCCCAUGCACUGUGACCUCCACCUCCCCCCCUUCCCACUGUGAUUGGCAUGUUGACAAGGGCUGUCCCAAGUCAAUAGAAAGGGAAAGGGUGGGGAUAAGGGGAGGAUGGGGGGACCUACCAAGGACUCAAGAGUAGAGGGUCAGGCAGUGCCACUUGGCCACUUGGGGUAAAGCCAGUGCCAGCAAUAACAGUUUAUCAUGCUCAUUAAUUUGGGAUUUCAAAACAGAAGAGAACUCCCACCCACCCACCCCCAAGUGCAUGUCUUCAUCACUUAAAAGUAAGUUCCAUUUGAAAAUAUCCUUUCCUUUUUUUUUUCCUAUUUUUGUUUGUUUAUACAAAUAUCUGAUUUGCAAGAAAAAGUGCAUGGAAAGGGUUUUAGCAGUUUAAUGAAUUUUUAACUGAGAAAGGGUAGUUUGGUAGUCUACUUAAAGAUGUUUCUAGGAAACUUGCUGGAAACAUUAACCAAUAGGACUUUGGUGAGCUUAGCUUCUUUAUUCCUACUGCAGCCCAGAAAAGGGGCAGGGCUCUAGGCCCCCAGUAAAUGAGCACCCAUGCCUAUACCGCCUUCCUCCAGUAAGUCCCAGGCACAUUGCCUGGAGACAGCUCAGAGAGCCUGGGGGAGGGUGCCAACCCCACCUCUAGUAUUUUGGGAGAUGGGGAAAGUGACAGACUUCCCCUUCCCUUAUCCCUCAGGGCGGCUCCCUACCAGCCAGGCAUGCUGCUUCUAGAGGAUGUCAGGGAGGAGACUACACUUCCCGGCUAAGAGUCGGGGUGCAGCGCUUGUUGAGUUUUGCUGUCAGCGAGAGACCAGGAGAGAAUCUGGUUCCAGAACUCCAGGCCUUUGCCUGGUGUGGUCAGAUGGUAGAUAGACUUGUCCCUUCCAGCAAGACUGGAACUCUUAAUGGUCUGUGGCCCUCUGUUGAUGACCCAGCUCAGAAACUGUACCUGGUAUGUUUCCAUGAGAAAUCAGUACCUUAGUGGGUAGACCAGUCUGAAUAAAGUUGGUAAAGAAGCUUUGUAUUGCAAAGGUAGAUGGCCAACCCAUUCCUCAGAUGCCCGGGCUUCCCUUUUCCCCUUUAUCCAGAGUGAGGCUGGCACGAAGGCCAUUUCUGUCCCUGAGUCUGGAGAUUGGCCUUGGCCCUUGAUGAGAGGCUUGAGAGGGCGGCUGUGUCCUGCUGGGUGCUUUCAGGCUCUCCAGUCUUUUCCAGUGCUCUGCCUUACCCCUCAGCCAGGCUGAUGGCCUCCCAUCUCCUGACCAGCAGGCAGGUUUGGGAGUGGGUGGUGUGGUUUGGGAUUAGGGCAGCUGCGGUUGCUAAGGUGUCAAGGUGAGGUUUUGUAGGAUCACUGCACCUUGGGUUCACCCGGCUCACUUGUGCCCUGUGGCAGUGACCCAGGACAUCUUCCCUUUAGCAGGAAGGGCUAGUUGCCAGCUGAGUCGGCAGCUCUUCCACAGCAAAGUCCUAGAACUGCACGAAGCCAGAUGUCAUCCGUUAGUGAGCUAGAACAGCUUCAUUCAGCAAGAGAGGCAGCCACCUCCAGGAGUGGGCAGCAAGGAGGGUGGCCACUGUCUCAGAGUCUAUUGCCCUGAUAUGUGUCUGCACUUAUAGGGCCCACCCACAGGGAACAGUGGUUCCUGGCUAGAGGUGAGACUGUCCUUUCAUUGGAGAAAGAUGCAGAAAUAAUCCAGGUGGGAGGCUAGAAGUACUGACUGCUCUGCCCUCUGGACCACCUGUGCUUGCCCUAGCCUCUGGUGGGAGCCAAGGGCAGCUGGUGUCUGUGCACUGAAAGCCUGUAGGGGUGGUGAUCCCACCUUGCUCUGGCCAAAGAUGGGCUCUGCCCACAGCGUGCCUGUGCCCACCCACCAGCAGUCAUGCCUUUGGCCUCCUAGGAGGAAAGGUGGUAGGCAAAGCAAGAGAAAAAGAAAAAGCAGGAAACUAUUGUGUUGGGGAGGUGGGAGGGGAGAAGGGAAACGGUUUGGGUUGUGUGUUUUGUUUUGUUUUUGUAGUCUGUAACUUUCCUUAAAUGCUUCUUCUCUUCUCUUUUUUUUUUUUUUUUUUUUUCCUUUUUCUAAGUAAGUUGCAGGCUUUGGCUUGGCAAUCCCCAGGGGGAUGAGGGGCAGGAACCUGAGGCUGCAGCCCCUUUGCCUGCCUUCAUGGUACUGUCCCUUCCCCAGCUCUUCCUGGACCCCGUGAGCCAGGCCUCAGCUAACCACGUCCCAUGAGCCACUACUCUGAUGUCAGCCUAUAACCAAAGGAGCUGGGGGUCCGGGCCUGAUGACCAGCCCUUCUCAGCCCCCUCAGGGUGCUCCCCACCUGCAGGCAGGAGGCAACACCCUAUCUGCUGCCAUCAGCCCCUUCUAGAGCCCACCUGCCCCGCCCAGCCCUGCCCUGCCCUGCCAUACCCUGCUCUGCCCCAUCUGGGGGUGCUCUGCUCAGGGAUGGGCCGGCAGGGCUGCACCCAGCCUCCCUGGAAAGCAGAGACUCAAGAAAACCUCUGGGGUUCUGUUUCUGGUCAUGUGACCCCAGGGGUACACUCUUGGGCAUCUGAACAGAAGGGAUUGGGAGGGAGGGCCACGCCCUCUAGUCUUGCUCUGCUGGUGUAGCAGGCAGCUCCCCACCUUACCCCACAUUGCGGGCUCCUGAGUCGGCAGAUUAAGCAUUUUAUAAAUUGUAUUUUAAAUACAUGUUUUAAACUUGUCA